GAACUGGCGCGGUUGCUCAGUUCUCGCGUAAACUCAAACCGGACGAGACGUGUCCGUUAGCAAGACCUCGUGGUCUGGGUCGUUUUCGUGUUGUACGAAGGCGUUGACGUUGUUGUUGUUCUACACGCCACACUCUCAGUGUUGGGAAUCCAAACGGGACACAUUCCGCCCGAGCAGCAAGGUAAUGCAGCACAUCCUCCCGUUCGUCCAAAAACAAGCGAGAGAGAGAGUGUGUGUGUGCAUGAGUGGAAGAGAUUAAGAUGCAAAGUGAGCGAUGCAUCUCGCCCCGUGUGUGAUCGCGCAAAAUUUGUGCCGUAUUUUUAGUUGCACCGGUUGUGCACCACAAUUCCAAACACGAUGUCGUAGUGUUUUCGGUGUGUUCGGCCGCGAUCGCAGAGCAAUUCGGUGGUGAUGAUGAUGUGCCGCGCCACGAUCGCGCCAGUGUUGUUCGCUUUAAGUGUUAGAGUCGCGGUGGCGACCCCACGGUGGCCACGAAAUGAAACAAUUUUGCCUAAUUGAAUUAAGACGGUGAACGUUUAAGGGUUGCGACACCGCGAGAUAUCACAACCGAGGCUGCAGUGACUGGGAAGGAAGUGGACUGGAUGUGGCGAUGUGGUGUGUGUAUGGUACACUGGAACGUGGGACAGAAAUCGACAUCUUCCGCCGAUCUUGUUGAUGGGAACAUUGUGUGUGCGGUUGUGUCUGUAGAAGUGUAUGUGGUCUUAUUUAGGCAAAAGGGGAGCUUUGACGAUGAUUCAGGUUGUUGUUUUGGACGAACUUCUAUUUUGGAGAUAGGGCAUGAUGAUCGUCGAUCCUCCAGCACUACCGACUGCGUGCAAGAUGUCUUUAAAUAACUGCGAAUCAUCAACACGCUAUGACCUAGAUUGAUAGGGAAGUUCCCCAAACGAAACCGGGACACACUGCAACCGGUGCAAUCGUUGCAGUGAGUGUGCUGGUCAACCAAUACCAUCUCCAACACCGGCACCGUCGUGAUAGGGCUGACGCACUCUUGAGAACAAUCCACAGCUGUUCCAUGACUCCACACACUACCACUUAUCAAUCGAACGGGCGGAAGAUGCCCGUAUCGCAUCCUUUCUCGUUCUUCCUCCCUUCCCUCACGCACAUGCCCUGGGCACGUAGCACGCGAGUGCCCUAUUGGACCGGCUGACGCUUUCUUGGGAACCUACCAGAAUGACAGUGAAUAAUUAAUUAGAGCAAUCGUCUCGGCAAUCGUUUUGAAACACAACACCCCUAUUGAUUGUGUGCGGCACGUUGGCGAGCGUUGCAAGAGUGGCAGUGUGACCCCGUUCCGGGAAUCGCUGGGUUGAUAACCGACACCGUCUAACUGAAUGCGUUCCUAUGCGUAGACCUACCCCAACACCGGGCCGGGGUGGUGCAGUUAUCGCACAAUCGGUGGGGAUUUUCUAUGCCGGAAGUUCUUAGUACACUCUGGCAAGCAUCUCCAAGCUUCUCGAGCGUUCGAUUCUAGCCUGGCUUAUCGCCGCCUUUGGAUGCACCGAGCACCGACAGUGACCUUGGCGAAAUCUGAGAUCCCUAAGGACAGGCCCGUGGGGUAAGCAUACACACGCCGAAUCAAACACACAAACGCUAAGCAUUUAAGCUUUCUCCUUCGCGCGAAAUCGUCCACCGAAACCUAGCGAGACAUUCUGACCUAGAAUUACCUGCGCUUGUUGCUAAUUAGAUUAGAUUGUGGCGCUUUCGUGGAAGUGUCGAAAUUUUCGGAGUGCUCGAGGACGUUGUUGUGGUGAUUCACGCUUCGCUAGCGCCUCACAAGGCUGUUCGAUUACAUACAAGGUCGUGGCGUGGUUUUUGCUGGGUUAGGGAGAGAGAGAUAGGUGGGGCUAUAGCAUGGGGCAGGCUUUGGUUCGGUAAGGCCUGCUAGUCAUCGUUGUGAUCGAUGAUGAAAUAGCGAAAAUGUAUUGUUGAGGUAUGGAUGUUUCGUACCUAGAGAAGGGAACACAAACGUGUCAGAAGGAAAGGGCAAUCCAUAUCAGAACCUUUUGUGUGCUUUGUAAGUGAACUCGACUCCUAAAGGGAACGGUCGUGGAAGUUUGAAACGUAUAAGUGAGAUCAACCAGGAAGAAACAAUAUUAAUGAAGCGUUAAUAUCAGUUAUCAGCCAAACGAUAAAUGACAUUCGUUAGAGCGCUGUAUUGAUGCGACCCUAGGAGCAGCAAAACGGUUGUCAUCGCAUCUAAUCAAAACAACACUCACACGUAAACCACCCGGACCCAGCGAGAAGAUUGCGACUCAUCGCUACGAUCACCUUCGAUCACCCCGGCGACAUUCUUCCUCGCGUUGCGCUGCCCCUCUAGCCGGUCGUAGGUUCUCACGCAAAACCCUUCGUACAAGUUACUACCCGAAAAGUGUUUACCUUGGACGUAUCUGCUGUCCAGGCACCGUCCGUCGGAGUCAAACUAGAUUGCCUGCUAAGCUGCCUGGGUUGCUUCCUGCUCUCGGCAACCCACCGACAGUGCCUUAACACGGCUUAUUGCCUUCCGAUUACUGUUCUCGGUGGUAUCAUUGGUGAACGCAGGUUAGCGUUUUGCGCUAGUAGAACAUGCGGAAUACGCGGGGUUUGUUGGUGGUGGACGUUGUGUAGGCUCCAGCGCGGUUUGCGUUGGAAAUGAUUUCCGCAUUCGCGUGUCUACCGCGUGCCUAUGUUUAGCCACGGAUGUGAAUGACGCCGUUUAGGCGCAUCCAACUGUGAUAAGGCUUUUCGGUUGUUAUGUUGUGGAAAUUGAUAGCAGUUGUUGUUGUUGUUGUUUUAUAGAUGUUGAUCCAUUCUAUUUUCUAACAUCGAAACCCAAUUCCGGACUUUUGAUUCUACCUCGUUUUAUGCGUAAAUAACGCAACGCAACUAGUGACGCCAAGCAGCUGGAUCGGGUCGGUGGAGCAGGUUUCCGGAUACUAAGAUAUUAUUAGUGCGCAAUUGGCUCGAGCGUUAGGCGUAAGUCUAACUUACUAAUCGGGAGGGGUGUCCAGGUUCGGCCUAGCGACAACUACGCGCACCGGUAAUGAACCGAUUCGAUCGGCUCCCUGCUUGCCACGGGAUGGGGAUCUCGGCCAGGUAUUGGGAAGCGAAGUGGUCCGGUUUUUACGUAGCAAUAAAAAAAAACCGUCUCCAUCUCCACCUGACCAUAGAUUGUUGCUGAAUGCAGCUUGGGUCGAGCUUGCUCUGAAGUCUGAAUUAGUAGAACCAGUUCCUCACCAGGCGGUGCGGUUGUUUCGCGCCCCUUCACACACGGUAGUUCUCGCGCGUAAUGGAUGCAGCAUGGUGAUAUUUUUUAUUUCUUCUGUCACUAACGUCAUGUCACCCAGCCUACUGGGUAAUCUAAUCUGGAGCCUGUGUUGUUAGCCAAUACGCAGCAGUAUUCGUAAUGAACAUUCCGUCCAGCAGCAGCAGUAAGACUUAUCGGUGUAACGUUUUGACACAGUGCGCUGCAGAGACUCGCCUCAGGUGAUCGGCUCGAAAGUGAUAGUGCGGCGUGAUCAGUGUGAUAGCACAACAUUCCGAAUUUGUGGUAAACUGUGGUUUGUGUCAGCGUAUUAAUACGCGAUCAUUGUGAACUGUGACAGCACCAUAUACGUGUGUCGGCAUCAACCCUGUCCCAACCGGAGCUGCAGCCGAGUUGCACCUACUUCAAUCGCAAUGGAUGUCACCUUUGACAACAUCACCUAUACGGUAUCUACCGGUAAACGGGAAAAGAAAACCGUCCUCAAUGGCGUGUCGGGGCGGUUUCAGUCCGGCGAGCUGACCGCCAUCAUGGGCCCGUCCGGGGCAGGCAAAUCGUCGCUGCUAAACAUUCUUACCGGUUACACGACACACGGCGUGAAGGGUACGCUAGCGUUCGGCAGCAGCGGCGGCAGCACAAACCGUAAGCUGUGCAGCUACAUCCUACAGGAAGACUAUCUGCAGCCCCUGUUCACCGUGCACGAGAUAAUGCUGAUGGCCUGCGAUCUGAAGGUUUCGUCCGACAGUCUUAACCGCAGCGAAAAGCUUCGGCUGGUGGACAAAAUUCUCGACACGUUACACUUGAGCUACUGCAAGCAGACGCGCUGUGGCAGUUUGUCCGGCGGCCAGCGGAAGCGUCUAUCAAUCGCACUGGAGCUUAUCGAUAAUCCGCCGAUCCUCUUUCUGGACGAACCGACCACCGGCUUGGACAGCUCGUCGUCACUGUACACGAUCAAGCUGCUGCAGGGGCUGGCCCGCGAAGGGCGCACCAUCGUCUGCACAAUCCACCAACCGUCCGCCACCGUGUACGAAAUGUUUGACCACGUGUACGUGCUGGCCGAGGGCCACUGCGUCUACCAGGGUUCGGCCCUGAACACCGUACCGUACCUGCGCUCGGUCGGGCUGCACUGUCCGGCGUAUCACAAUGCGGCCGAUUACUUGCUGGAGGUCACCAACAAGGAGUACGGCAACUUUACCAAAGCGCUUGCCAAAGCCGCCACCGAUCCGAGCUGGCGAUUGGCCCCGCUCGUCGACCGGUUGGGCGGUGGUGGUGGUGGUGGUGGAGUGCCGGCCGCACUACCCCCCUGUCCGCCGGCCUACGACAGCAAUCACAACGAUGCCGUCUACCAGGGCCACCGGAAGGAAGUGGCGGUGGUCGUACCGCUGGUCGGCCCGGUGGACCAGCUGCCCGGCAAGAUGGCGGACCAGAGCCAGCGCCGACCGUCCGAGUUUGCCAAACUGUUGAUCCUGAUGAAGCGCUCCAACAUUCAGCUGUACCGGGACUGGACGGUAACGCAUCUGAAGCUGUUUGUUCACAUCGUGUGUGCCAUCGUGAUUGGAUUGCUGUUCGGCGAUUCGGGCAUUAACGCAACGAAAUCGAUCUCGAACGUGGCCUCGUUCAUGGUGCACAUACUGUACCUGUGGUACACGACGGUGAUGCCGGGCGUGCUGAAAUAUCCGUACGAAAUGAAUAUCUUGAAGAAGGAAUCGUUCAACCGGUGGUACAAAAUACGGACGUACUUUGUCGCGUCGAUGCUGACGUCACUGCCAGUGCAGAUCUUCUUUGCGAUCGUUUAUGCCACGAUUGUGUACGCGAUGACGUACCAACCGUGCGAGCUGGAGCGCUAUCUCAUGUUUACGGCCGUGCUGGUGCUCAACACCAUCGUUGCCGACGGGUUCGGCCUGUUUCUCGGCACGUUCCUGAACGAAAUCAACGGAACGUUCAUCGGUGCCAUCAUGACCUGCUUCAUGUUUGUGUUUUGCGGUUUUCUCAUCAUGUUCAGCCACAUGUCGGAUGCGAUGCGGGGCAUCAGCUACCUUUCCUCCCAUCGCUACAGCUUCGAGGCGCUCGUGCUGACCGCCUACGAUGACAGCCGGAGCGACCUGGUGUGCCCGAAGGACGAGAUGUACUGUCACUACGUGAAAGCCAACACGAUCAUGCGGGAGCUGGGCGUAGUGUCCGGCAACUAUCUGUUCAACGUGGUGACGCUGGUCGUGCAUUUCGUUGCAAUUAAGGUGGUUGGAUUCUGGACGCUGAAGCGCAAGCUGAAGAUGGGUUAACCCACAACAGGUCAAGAGGUCACUCAGUAAAUACACAAACCCACACACACCACACACACCCCACACACACAAACAAGCAUGACUUAAGCACGGACAAGCGGUAACCGGCGUGCCGGAAGCUGGCUUACUGGCACGGUUGGAGCAGCAGGAGUAGAAGAAGUGUAUGAGUAGGAGUAGUAGCGGUAGCACUAGCAAAACCCUUAAGUGGAAUGGAUUGUGAUUAAUAUUUCGUUGUAUAUUGUGGCGUACUUUAAACAUUUUUUUUUAUACUGAAUUGUAUUUUUUUUCCUGGAACAUGUGAAUAUUGUAAUAGAAACUACAGGUGUGAACGUGAUUCACGCACGCUCGUGAGGCGAAAGGUGUGCUACGAGCCAAAUGCAUUAAAAGUGGUACAAAUGGAAAUAUUUAAA